CCGAAGGUAUAUGCUGUGUUCACCGUGCCCAAACAGCCCCAUGGCAUCCACUACUUGGUCAGCGAGUUCAUCGAAGGCGAGAUGCUCGACGAGACAAAGUGGAUAGCUCUGGAUGAUAAAGCGCGGGAGAUUAUUUGCUCAAAGCUUUCGGAGCAGUUUCAACUACUCUGGGCCGUUCCAUCCGAAGGAUGCUACGGUCGAGUCCAUCAUCAAGCCUUCAGUUCCGACUUCAAUCUCUUCUAUCUCCGCCCCAAAGGCAUGCAAGGACCCUACAACUGUUAUGAGGACUGCGUUUCGGCCAUGUAUGCUUCUGCCGAGCUGCGCGCAGCUACAACGGCCAUAACUCCCGAAUUCCGUCACGAUGCGGUAGAAUACUUACCUGAGUUCAAACCAACCUUGAUGAGAACAAGGGGUUAUAAACCUACGCUUACUCAUUUGGACCCGCAGUUUCGUAAUAUCAUUACGCGGUCGAUUAAGGGAGCCGAGGGGGAAAUAAAGGACUGGGAAGUUGUCCUAAUUGAUUGGGACAGUCUUGCCUGGCUCCCAGGAUUUGUUCAUGGCAGCUGGCGUAGGAAGGGCAAAGGAUCAGUGAGGAAAGCAUGA